AUGAACUUCGUACUAUUUCUUACAAAAAUCUUUAUGAUUGCUACUUUAUUUGUGACUUUGUUGGCAUUAAUUAUUAGUAAAGAAAAACCGGAUAUUAAAACUCCAUCGGAAGUGGCCAUAUAUAAUAAGAAUGGAACAUUUGAGAUUUUACAAUUCGGUAGAAUUUGUUAUUGGUACAUGAGUAAUUUUGCUGAAGCAUUGUCUUACUUUGUGAAAUCUCUUUUAAAACCAUCGAGGGAAGUAAUAGAAUCUGCUGAAGAUGUUAAAAUAUGCUUGGAAGAUUUCUUUGGUUUCUUUUUAGUUGAU